CCCAGACAGGAGAAGCCUGAUCUUGCAUUGCAGCCUGCAUGCAGCUCGUACCUUGACUCCACCAGUUCUUGAUAUUUCAAAAUCCUCGGCGUUGUUCCAUUCCCGUCAUUCAUGAUUUCGAUCAGUAAGCGGUUGCUGUGACCCUCUUUUGUUCAGCUCUUUGCCAUCAGUAUCCUUACGCCAUACUGUAUCGCCUCUGCAAGCCAACCUAGGCAGUGCGAACGGCGGUCCCUGCCCACUUCAGCAUGCUGUACAUCCAGCUGUUAGCUGGUUGGCAUUCGGAGAGACAAACAGUGUGCAUGCUGGCAUGAUAAUCCUUCCGACAGCCAAGAGCAAUGGCACUGACAACUCCUACCCGACCGCACUUUCCUCGCUUCGACCAGCCCUUUGACUCACGAUCUCCCUCAAGGUCCCCUCGCAGGAAAGCUCAAUUCGCAGUCCGCGAGCUCGAUCCACUUCUGGGAAACUUGUCUCCCGACUCGACUCUCAGAGCACUUCAGGCCACAGACACAAUUCCCGGUGGUGCCUCACAAGAUGCCCUGGCCUCCAGCAUUGGUGAUGCAACUCCUGCGGAGCGAGAGAUUGGUAUAAGGGCCGCUUUUGCAGCGCAAAAAGUUCGGGCAUGGAAGGAUGAAUUGUCCAAAUGGAGUUGGCCAGGGAAAAGAGAAAGGUCAUUUGGGCUGGGGUUCAUAACUCCUCAAGGUGCCAAAGGGAUGGGCUCGGAUUAUCGCGGCUUCCUCACGGUGACCUUGGCCGAGCAAUACGAGACGAGAUUGGAGGAAAUUAGAGACGACCUCGAGAGCCUUGGGAUCGAGGAUAUCAAAGACCAUGUGCUUGAGGCUCAUGUACCAGCGAGAGCAUCACCGCAGAGCCCGCAGGCUGGGGGCAUCCGUACGAGCUAUGGGAGGAUGCGUGACUUCACCGCCUUGGUGACGGCCACGGUCAUUCAGGCUCUCCCCGACCUCGCCAAACUCAAUAUCUUGCUCGAUACAUGGGACAUCCGCUUAAGAGUGCUAAGACAACUACCACGAUUCCUCCAGGUCAUGGACUCUACUCAGGCCGAUAUCCAGGCUGCUUUCACCGAGGCCAAAGGUGUCGAGCUCGCAGACAACCUGACUGAAAAUGCAUUCGAAAGCAAGAAGGUGACAUUGGGUAGCCAGGUGGCUGACCUCGCUCGACGGGUUGAUCGGCUUCUCGAUAUGCUCGAGGGGCAAGAGGACUCGCUCCCACAAGCGUGGAUCGACCGAAUAGAGAAGAUCGAGCUCGACUAUGCAACGUGGGUUGUGGAUGCUCAGCAUGUGGCCUUGAGAAACGACCUGGCGGUAACAGCCAGCAGAAGCGUCGAGCACGAAACCCUGGACAGCAACCCAGCUACUCCUGGUCAGGGCAAGGAGGUUGCAGCGCCUGAAAGUGAGCCACACGACGGCUCUGCGAAAACGCGGUCCCUGCCUCAAGAACAUGCCCAGCAGUUUAACGCUGAAUCAUCGUCGCCAGGGAAAGGCGAAAAGCUCGCCAAACGCAAACCAUCACUAAAGCUGAACUUGCCGGAACGGAAGGGGCACAGAAGGGAGAUCUCUAAGGUCUCCGUGGCAGAAUCCACAAUAUCAACAUUUUCGGACAUUUCGAAUGCUGAGAUUAUGGAUGCUAGGACGGCUAGCGUACUCCCGAGCCCUAAAGUCAGCCUCGUAGACAAUCCCUUUCGAGCAAGUCGUGAUGAGCUUACCUGGUUUGGCAAUCCUUCUGCAGCCCAGCAGCAAAUGACUUUGAAGCCACCAAUGCUUCAAAGAGCUUCGACAGCCUGUGUAGAAGUCGUCCCCAAGGAUCAGCUCAAACGCGUCAUGCUGACCCGAAGUGCUAGCUGGGACAUGCUUUCUCGAAUGCCUGAAUCACCUGAAAGCACUCCUUCGAAGGCUUUGAGGCAGUUGACGGGGUCUGACUCGCCAGUUAAGAGAACCCCGAUGGCUGAAUUGGAGGCCUCGGAAGUCCUCCUAGGUGCACCAACAGCUUCUACAGAACACAAUCCUCUUGCAACACCAUCUCUGGAGGUCGAGCCACUAAGAGUCAAGACCAGAGAAGACGAUUUAAAUCCAUCGGCAAUGCCAGCCUUACCACGCAGGUCGAGCAAGAGGAAUUCGGCAAACGCCUUGGGCACAUUUUCUCCAUUAACGCCAGUAUCAAGUGCCAGUCCAGUCACUCCAAUUGAUAGCUCGAAAGUUCCGCCUCAACCUUCCUCCGCCACAUCCGUCAAAGAUGGUCAUCCAAAUUCAAGCAGAAAGGCCGAAUCUUUGGAGGAUAAGAUCCAAGACAUACUCACGAAUCUGCCAACGAAGAUCAGGUUAGCAAAAGAUUCGGACUCUUCUCGCUCGCCGCAACCCUCCUCGACCGCCUCGACACGGUCUUCAACGCCUACUCCUGCACUGACCCUUUCACCAGUCACGGCUGAGGCGUCUACGCCAAAAAGUGAAGAUUCUGGUGUCCGAGUCUAUCAUCUGACUCGGACAGGCCAAGCUCGUGAUGCGCCUCCAGUCAAGCUGUUCGUCCGAACGGUUGGGGACAGUCAGCGUGUCAUGGUCCGCGUGGGCGGCGGAUGGGCAGAUCUAGGAGAAUAUCUGAGAGAAUACAGCCUACACCAUGGUAGCCGAGCAACAGGCGAUGGUCGCCUGGAGGUAGCCAGCUUUCCUACAAAGAAUUCGAAAGACUUGACUGCGUUGCACGGCGCUACCGGGCCAACCGCAGGUCAAACCCGACGGAAAUCGAGAUCGCCAACCGCCAAUCAAGUGAGCUUCGAGAUAAAUUCCUCGCCUGACCUGGUGAACUCCAAACUCCGGCCAUCAACGAGGGUCCUAUCCCCUGAACCAGAAAGGAAGACUUUGAAGAACAAAGAGCCCUGGACCCCUCCACCAGUACCACCCAUCCCAGCAUCAUAUACCACAAAAUCACCUACCAUUACGACCUCUGCCAAACCGGAUGUCGGUGCUGUCACUGGUGUCGUGGACCUAGAGGGACGAGCAACACCAACUCUUAAUGGCACAGGAACUCCUCCAAAUCCUAGGAUUACCACCAUUUCUGCCCCUGGUGUCACGACAACUACGACAGUUACUCCUCCAACAGCCACUACAAACUAUACUCCUCUCGGCGGAGCGGGGCCAAAGACAUACCCACGUCGGGCCGUAACAUACGGGACAACAUCAACACCCAACAACGACGCUUGGGUCGAGAACAUGGUUGGGAAAGCUAGAGCUGUCAGUGGCGGAAACCCGACAGUGCUCCAAGGACCAACCACCACUACAACAACGACCACGGUCACCUCAAGCACGCCGACGAGCCGCCGCGCGUCUUCGUAUAUGAGCUUAAGUCCAAAUUCGAGUCCGACGACAGUGUCUCCCAGUCCGAGUAACGCGUCCGCUGCCAGUGAUGUGAAAGAUCGACGGCUAAGUCUUACGGGCCGGUCCAAGAGCCGAAUGAGCCUGAGUGAUAUGAGUGGGAUUCGGCGAGUGUUUCUGCGGAAGAAGAGUGAGAACAUACGGUAGAGUCAAGGUUGGCUUGUUACUGGACUGUAUGGAAUUGAAGUCCACAACUGUGCGUUGGAUAACAGUACAUACGUCACCGGCGUUGAGGGCACUCGCCCAUCUGUCGAAUUAAGGAACAUGCUGCGAAGAAGUUCACUAUCGUUCAAUAUAAUCUGCAUGUUAUGCCUCGCGUCUUUGAUAGUGAUAAGCAUCCCAUUUGCAAGCAAGUGACUUGCCC